AUGGGUGCGAUCGACGACGGUUUCGAGGCGUUGCUGGAGCCAUUCUACAAUGGCAAGAAGCUGACGGACCCAAUUUCUACUAAAGAGGAUAAGUAUCAGCUUUUGCCCGCUUUCCUCAAGGUUAAAGGUCUCGUCAAACAACACAUCGAUUCAUACAACUUCUUCGUCGAGCAAGAAAUCAAGGACAUCGUCAAGGCGAACCGAUCGAUCCGAAGCGACCAAGAAAAAGACUUUUGGCUCGAGUUCACCGACAUCCGUGUCGGCACCCCGACACGCAAUGACUACACCGACUUCAAGGCCCGUGACGAGGUCACGCCCAUGGAGUGCCGUCUCCGCGACAUGACCUACGCCGCCCCCGUCGUCGUCGACAUCACGUAUUCGCGCGACCGCAAAAAAAUCGUUCGCAAGGACAUCCCGCUCUGCCGGAUCCCCGUCAUGCUCAAGAGCGCGAAAUGCUGUCUCAGCGGCGCCAACAAUGCGCAGAUGGAGGUCAUGAACGAGUGUCCGCUCGACCCGGGCGGCUACUUCAUCAUCAACGGGACGGAAAAGGUCAUCCUCAUCCAGGAACAACUCAGCAAGAACCGUGUGAUUGUAGAGGCGGAUGAGAAGACGGGCGGCGUGUCGGCUUCGGUCACGAGUUCCACGCACGAGCGUAAAUCCAAGACCUACGUCAUCCUCAAGAAGGACCGGAUCGCCCUCAACCACAACGUUCUCGUCGAGCCGAUCCCGAUUGUCAUCGUCCUCAAGGCGCUGGGCGGUCUCUCGGAUUAUGAAAUUAUGGAGCUCGUCGCGGGUGGGGAUGCGCGGUACCAGGAUGAUUUCCUGAUCAACUUUGACGAGGCGACCAAGGCCGGGGUGUUUACACAGCAGCAAGCGUUGGAAUAUGUCGGGUCGAGGGUCAAGAUGGGAGGGCCGAAGAAAGGGCGGUCCAUGGCGGCUCCUCGGCGUAGUCCCGUCGAGGAAGGCCUGGAUGCGCUGGCGGGCAUCAUCAUCGCCCAUGUUGAGAUUGAAGACCUGGAUUUCUACCCCAAGGCCAUCUACAUCGCCAUGAUGGUCCGGCGCGUGCUGAUGGCAGCGCACAACCCCAAGCUAGUGGAUGACCGCGACUUUGUUGGUAACAAGCGCUUGGAGUUGGCCGGACAGUUGUUGUCUCUGCUGUUCGAAGACAUGUUCAAGAUGUUUGUGGGCAGUCUCAAAGGCAACAUGGAGUACUUUUUCAAGAAGCCCAACAGGACCUCGGCCUACGACCCCGUCGGCCCCAUCAGCAGCCAGGGGCAGUACAUCACCCAGGGUCUCAACCGGGCCAUCCAGAGCGGGAAUUGGAACGUCAAGCGGUUCAACAUGAACCGGGCGGGCGUCACACACGUGCUGAGCAGACUGAGUUACAUUGCCGCGCUGGGCAUGAUGACCCGUAUCAGCAGUCAGUUUGAGAAGACGAGGAAAGUGAGCGGACCCCGUGCACUUCAGCCGUCGCAAUGGGGUAUGCUCUGCCCGUCCGAUACACCAGAGGGUGAAGCCUGUGGUUUGGUGAAGAACUUGGCCUUGAUGACCCAUAUUACCACCAACGCUGAAGAGGAGCCGGUCAAGAACUGGAUUUUUGGCAUCCUCCCCGGCGUCGAGCCGAUCCGGAUGUUCACGGGCACGGAGAUGCACAAGCCCGGAUCGUACAUUAUUCACCUAAACGGCACGCCGUUUGCGCUCACGAAACACCCGAAACAGUUUGCGUCGCGAUUCAAGACUAUGCGUCGUCGCGGCCAUAUCUCUCCGUUUAUCGGGAUUCACAUCAACGAGCACUUCUCGGCCAUCCACAUCGCCACCGACGAGGGGCGCAUUUGUCGUCCUUAUAUCAUUGUGAAGGAUGGGAAGCCGAAGCUUAAGGAGCAACACUUGAAACUUUUGCAGAUGGGCAAAGCGACAUUUGACGAUUUCCUCAAGGGCAGCGUGAUCGAGUACUUGGACGUCAACGAGGAGAACGAUGCGUUGAUCGCCAUCAGCGAGACCGACGUCAACCAGUCAACCACGCACAUGGAAAUCGAGCCCUUCACGAUCCUAGGCGCCGUCGCCGGGCUCAUCCCCUUCCCGCACCACAACCAGUCCCCGCGUAACACAUACCAAUGCGCCAUGGGCAAGCAAGCCAUCGGCGCCAUCGCAUACAACCAGUUCAACCGCAUCGACACCCUCCUGUACACGCUCGUCUACCCGCAGCGGCCGAUGGUCAUCACCAAGACGAUCCAGCUCAUCCACUACGACAAACUCCCGGCUGGGCAAAACGCCACGGUCGUGGUCAUGUCAUACUCGGGCUACGACAUCGAAGACGCGCUGGUGCUGAACAAGGCAUCCUGCGACCGCGGGUUCGGGCGGUGCCAGGUGUUCCGCAAGUACACCGCCGAGCUGCAGCAGUACCCCAACGGACGCAAAGACCGACUCGGCGGCAUCCAAAAGGACGAGGAAGGCCGGACGAUCGCCAAGCACGCCUGCCUCGAUAAGGAUGGGCUCGCAACAGUGGGCUACCGCGUGCACUCAGGCGAAACCAUGAUCAUGAAAGAAACCCCCAUCGACCAAACCUCCACCGGCAUCGGCAGCGACCGCGGAUCCGACGACUUCCGCCCCGCGGCCACCAACUACCGCAUCCCCGACCCAGCCUACAUCGACAAAGUCAUGGUCUCCAACACCGAAAAAAACACCGCCAUCAUCAAAGUCCAAACCCGCCAAACCCGCCGCCCGGAACUCGGCGACAAAUUCUCCUCCCGCCACGGCCAAAAGGGCGUAGUCGGCAUCAUCGUCGACCAAGAAGACAUGCCCUUCUCCGACACGGGCCUCGUCCCGGACAUCAUCAUGAACCCGCACGGUUUCCCCUCCCGCAUGACAGUCGGCAAACUCUUCGAAUGCCUCACGGGCAAAGCCUCUGUCAUCGCCGGCGAGCGCGACUACGGCUUCGGCGACGCCUUCCGCACCCACCCCGUCGAGGAAAUGGGCAAGGUCCUCAUCGACCACGGCUUCUCCUGGGAAGGCAAAGACUACUUCACCUCGGGCAUCACAGGCGACCCCCACGAAGCCUACCUCUUCAACGGGCCCAUCUACUACCAACGCCUCAAACACAUGGUCCAAGACAAAAUGCACUCCCGCUCGCGGGGUCCCCGCGCCAUUCUCACUCGACAACCAACCGAAGGCCGCUCACGCGACGGUGGAUUGCGGUUGGGCGAAAUGGAACGGGAUUGUCUGAUUGCGUAUGGAGCGUCGCAGUUGUUGUUGGAGAGGCUGAUGAUUAGCUCGGAUGGGACGCAGGUGGAUAUUUGUGAGCGGUGUGGGUUGUUGGGGUAUAAGGGGUUUUGUCAGACGUGUGCGAGCACAAGUCAGGUUACGCAGAUGACGAUGCCGUAUGCGGCGAAGUUGUUGGUGCAGGAGUUGAUUAGUAUGAAUGUGGGGGUCAGGAUGCAGUUGGAGGAUCGGUUUCCGCAUCCGAGGUAG